AUUGGCCCCAACUACGACGACGCUUUGAACUUCUUCUUCAUCAACCGGCUGCAUUGGACAGCCCAAUUUCUGGGUGGCAUUCAGCUGGCGCAUCACGCGGCGAAAGUGGUCGGCAUGGGAGCAUAUCGAGCGUUCAGCUUACACCGUUUCCCAGUGCAGACGCUGCACAUGACGUCAGUUUUGAUAUCAGGGGCAUUGUUUAUGUUAUGAGAUGGAUCUCUGGAUUUAUUGAUGGUCCUAAGCAACCACCCCCGCUAGAUUCUGAUGCUAUGAAUAUGACCGAGCCAGCAGUCUCUUGUGCUAUAUCUAGAAGACUCGUUUCGAUUUGCAUUGAUUGUAGUUCAAAUUUCAUCGUCACCCCCCUCCCUCACAUUAGAACUUACUAAUCAUAAUACUUCUUCUUCUCGUUGUAGUAGUCCCACCUUCCUAUGAAUGUCUUAUUCUUUCCCUCAAUGAUAACUACGAAGGUGGAUGAUACUCUUCGAAGAUGCAAACAAUAGUAUCAUAAAUACAAAUAUAUACCCCUUUCUUCAUCCCUCCUUCCCGCGUUGAUCACGACCGGUGCUUAUAUCCCGCUAGGGUUAAAUCCGAAGGUGUUGUUAAGGCUCAACUUUCAUUCGUCAUCAUUUAGAUUGCAUUUAGAUUGGUCACUGAAAUCGAAGAGGGGCCCCCUUGCGAGAACACACAGGGGAAAACUAAGGGAAAACAAGUCGAGACAUGCGGGGCCCCUGGCGUUCAGAGUCACUGACCAAUGAGUGAUGACCUUUAAUGUUGGCACUUACGGGCGAAGUGUUGCGGGACGCCAUUGGCUGGUUUCUGAUGAUGCCAUUGUUCACAGACAUGGUGAAAAGAUUUGCGCCUAAAGUUAAGGGUAACAUCUUUGAGAGGAAUUUCUGCGACAGGGGCCUCAGGGUCGUUGAUACCUGGCGGUGAACAAGUUGUAGUACAGCCGGCUGUUGGCACUGACAUCUCUGCUCUCUAGUAGAAGAUGGUUGGAAGGUGAAUCUCUAUUACUUAGCAUCCCUAUGACAUAUUUUUUUGCUUGAGAGAAUAUAGAGAUCACUAUUAGCAUCUCUAUGGUUUCUUCAAGCACGAAAGCCAUAGAUCAGAUGCGAGCUAGAACGGUCAACUUUCAACCCCUAAUAGAGGCAGGGAAGCUUCUACCUUUGCCAUGAUGAGUUUUCUUCCGACUGCAGCAAAAUUCAUCAAUAAAUUAAGGCUUAUUGCGAUUUUGAUCCCGUAAUUUAAAUUCUAGAUCUUUCUAGUGGUACGUAGUUUGUUCAUAAAUUGAAGAGCAAGAGCAUCUUUGACUCUGAUGCUUCUACUUACUUUUUGAAAGUUUUUAGACAACUUAUUCCGGUUUGAAUUACUUUGUAGAUCAACAUUUCCGGAAUUACCGAGACUGCGUAAGAAAGCUCUAAGGAAAGCAGUUAGCUCUGGUUGCAUUGAGCUGUUGGGGAUCACGGCGACGAACUUCGAUCAUAUCACGUUGUUCAUCUGCAUGGUGUCUGCGUCGAAUUUUCUUCCUUGUGCUCUGGUUGCAGCAGGCGUUUUGCGGUACUACGAUAACACCUUAUUAAGGGCAACAUCAUCUUUGACAGGGAUUUCUGCGACAGGAGGAGCCUCAGGGUCGUUGAUACCUGGCGUUGAACAAGAUGUAGCACAGCCGGCUGCUGGUGCUGGAGCUGCUGGAGGGCAGCAAGAUGUUGCACAGCAGAAGAAAAUCGAGAGUGCCACAACUUCUCCAAACCCUCUAGAAGUAGGACCACAAGCAUCUUCACCUUCAUCACCUACCUCACCAGCACACUGUCAUCAAGUGGAAGCAAACUCAAGCUUAAUAAACACAACACCCCAACAAGGAGCGCAAGCUGCAGCACUCACGUUGGCUGCACCCCACGAACGACUUCCUGAACCUUCUGAGGAUGAAUACGAAGCCGAUCCAGCUUACUCUCCAGGUCAGCUGCAGCCUCCAACCACGCCUGCACGCUCAAUGGGCGUAGAAGAAGCAUCGACUGCUAGUGAAAAUGGAGGAAACUACUGAUGACGAGUAUGAGUAACAAGAUAGAAAUUAUAAUAGUAGUCUAGCUCCUCUAGUACGCUGUUGUACUUCCGUAAGUAUCAGUAUGUUUUUUCAAAAAUUUGAUAGUAUCACGUAGAUAGUCGGUCGUCUUUCAAUCAUAUGCAAAACCCAUUCCAAGAACUAUGUCAUUAAUUUCCAAGAAUCCUGGGUUGUAACAUCCAUGUUAUCUUCUCGCUUUCGACACAAAUCCAGCCACCAUAGAUCAUCGUAGUCCGUCUUCUUAGUGGUUUCUGUUCUUUCUCUUCUUCACCUCUUCCUUCAGUCACCUUCUUUAUCACAAUUUUAUCCGUGUUUAAACAUUCAUGUUCAUCUUGUUGUUGAGAUGAAGUAGCGCCUGCAGAAGUUGUUCAGGUCCUGGUGAGUGUAGAAGUUGUUGAGAUGAAAGAAUACACAGUCUCUCUCUCUCGCCCCCCACAGUCUCUCUCAUCUGCACAGAGGUGUGGACUCUCUUCAGGAGUCUCUGGACAGAAGUGUAAUGCACUCUUUUCAGGAGCUGCCUCGUCACGGUACUACGGAACACCUAUCCUUUGAGAAAGUUGUGCCUGGGUCUAUAUUCCUCGCGAUACGAACAU